AUGAGUGAAACCAGUCUCAAAGAAGAUCCCCUCUCCAGAAUACAAAGGGAGAUCAUCGAGGUCACGGAAAGGGAGAGGGAGUUCAAAGAGGGACACUUCAGAAUGAGCAGACUGUUGUCGGAGUCCACCAUAGACGUGACCAACCAGAACGGACACCUCAACGGCGAUGAGAGGCCGCAGAAGACAUUGAACAGAGCCGUGUCCACGUCGCACCUGCUGGGACCCAUCGCCCCCUCGCCGCCCGCCACGCCCGCGCUGCUCACCACCAACGGGUACACGCGCAGGUUCACGCCGCAGAACGGGACCAAAGGAAUCAUGCAGAGGUUUAUAGCCAACAAGGGCAAGCUGCCGGUCACCUCCCCCGGCCCGCCGACCACCCCGACCGCCCUGACGGCCCCGCUAGUGUUCACGCCCGUCACAGCCGCACCUGUGGCGCCGCCCGUCAUCACACGCACCCCGGAGGGAAAACCGGUGAGGAAGGGAUACGUGCCGGUGGAGGAGAAGAUACAGAAGGAACUGAGAGAGAUGAAGGACAGAGAACACGAGCUCAAGAAGAUGAGGAAGAAGCAGAAGCCCUUCGACAUAGAACUGAGCGACUCAGAGCUGACCUCGGAGUCGGAGGAGGAGGACAUCCCGCCGCCCGGGAGACUGAAGGCCACCAAGUCUAUAGGCGAGCUGUACGAGGCUCUCAGCGAGGAGCUGAGGUCGCCCUCGCCCAGGAACAGCUCGGGACACGACUCGCUCGGCAGUCUGAAGCCGGCCAAGUCUCUGGCGCAGCUGUGCGAGCUGGGCCCCGGCCAAGAGUUCCUGGCCCCCAGCUCCACACGCCUCAUAGCGCAGUGGGAGUCCAUCAUACAGCAGAAACAGGAAGCGGGAGCGGCCUAG